AUGGGAAAUAUUAAGGCACUGCCUCAAAAACUAUGGAGUGAACGUUGUACCAAGAACUCCAUCGCGUUGAAUGACUGCAACUGGUGUUGGUGUGAUGUCAGACAGAAGUUUCAAUGUAAAGCACGGAUCUGUGAGGAGGUUGAUAUGUUCGGACAUUUUAAAGACGCCAUCCGUGAUAUUGAUGUGGGAAUGGAAGGACGCGGGUCUUGGCGAUCCUCAAUGACCCCCUGCAAACCCGGUGUUCAUUACAGACGAGGAGAUGUUCUGUGCUUGUGUGAUGAAGAUGGAAAUUGGCCGAAUCCAGUCUGCAGAGACAUCUUCAGAGUUUUGCAUUCUGUGGAACUCCAUCGGGAUACUGUUAAUCAAACUUGUACUCCUUCUAAACUAUAUCUGAUUGGUUGUAACGUCUGUUUCUGUUCAUCAUCAGGAAUUUUAGAUCCGGAAUUAUGUACAAAACAAGAAUGUCAGGAAGAUGACCCAGCGCUACCAGAAAAUCGACCGAAAACCCAAACUGAUAAUGAAAAAAAUUCCGAAGUAUACGCCAAAUGCGAUUCUGACGAAACCUAUGAGCUUGGAUGUAGGAAAUGCAUUUGUCUAAAAAAUAAUAGACUUAUAUGUAAUGACUGUCCAAAUGAACAUACAGCUGUGGCAGAGAAGCCUUUAUACAGAAAGAGAAAACGCAAAAGGAGGAGAAAGAAAAUAAGAAAUACCAGAUUUGGAUUAUGUGAAGGAAAAUAUCCCAAACAGAAAUUCUCAAUCGGAUGCAGUACGUGUUUCUGCGACAAGUACUCAGGAAUAUACUGCUCAGUGAGGAAGUGCCUUAAACCUAUAAGAACAUUGAAAACAAGUCUGUCUCUCUUAAAAGGUAAAAGUAAAAGUAAAAGUAAAACUAAAAAUAAAAGUAAAACUAAACCUAAAAUUAAAACUAAAACUAAAACUGAAACUAAAACAGAAGUAAAAGUAAAAGUAAAUGUUGUUCCAAAAGUAAAAGAGGUGGAACCGCCUACGGACGAUGAUAUGUGUCAAGCAAACACCAGAUUUCGUAAAGAAUGCAAUGAAUGCAUUUGUCUCAAACUAGAAAACAAUGUCAUAGUUCUAGAUUGUUCACUUAAGACAUGUCCAUCAUCAAAAAAUGUAGAUGAAAUGUUUGAGAAUGAUUGCGUUGUUGGCAGUGUGUAUAUGAGGGAUUGUCGCAUCUGUUACUGCUAUACUAUUGACGGAAUUGUACAUCAAAUAUGUCACGCCAACGCGGAAUGCGAUUCAAAUAUAAAUGAGUUGGAUAUGGGAUAUUGUACACCUAUGCUCAAGUAUAAGAAAGAUUGCAAUAAUUGCAAAUGCUUAGCCGAUGGGAAAACUUUAAAGUGCACUAGUCUGAUUUGCCCGGCAAGAUCUUCGAAUCCAGUAUCAGUGGACAUAGUGCCGGUACAAAUGUUGAACGGCGACCACUGUCCCAAAGGCUACUCAUAUAAAUUGGACUGCAAUACAUGUUUUUGUCUGGCAAAUGGAAACGCAAUUUGUACAACAAGAGACUGUGCUGAAGAUAACGAAGAAUCGUAA